AAGAAGGGAUUAAGAAUGGAGCAGGAGCUCUCCAAGCUUUCGCUAGCGGCCUGAGGCGGGCGAACCCCGCAGCACGUGGUCAGAGGGCGGCCGGGGGGCGGUGCCAGGCGGCGGCACGGAGCGGCGGCGGCCGCAAAUGUCCUUCCUACCUGACUUUGGCAUCUUCACUGUGGGCAUGUGGUCGGUUGGUCUCGGAGCCAUCGGUGCAGCCAUAACAGGGAUUGUGCUUGCCAACACUGACUUCUUUUUGUCCAAGGCAGAAAAAGCAACACUAGAAUUUUUGGAGGGGAUAGAGCUAAAAACUUUGGGGUCAGAGCCAAGAACAUUCAAAGCAGGUGAACUGUGGAAGAAGAAUGGUGCAGUGAUCAUGGCUGUGAGAAGACCUGGAUGUUUUUUGUGCAGAGAGGAGGCUUCUGAGCUUUCCACUCUGAAACCUCAGCUGUCCAAGCUGGGUGUUCCUCUCUAUGCUGUUGUAAAAGAGAAGAUAGGGACCGAAGUUGAGGAUUUUCAGCAUUAUUUCAAAGGAGAAAUCUUCCUGGAUGAAAAGAGAAGCUUCUAUGGCCCACGCGAACGAAAAUUGAUGCUGUCAGGCUUCUUCCGCAUUGGAGUCUGGCAAAAUUUCUUCCGUGCUUGGAAAAAUGGUUAUAGUGGUAACCUGGAAGGAGAAGGGUUCACUCUGGGAGGAGUAUAUGUGAUUGGAGCAGGAAGACAGGGUAUUCUAUUGGAGCAUCGUGAGAAAGAAUUUGGUGACAAAGUCAGCCUUCCAUCUGUCCUUGAAGCUGCUGAGAAGAUACAGCCACAGGUUUCAUCAGCUGAAAAAUAGUUGCACGUUUUUCUGAUCACAGCUUGAAAUGUAGAACAUAUCUGUUUCUUGAAUGUGCAAUUUAAUUGCUUCUUAACUAUUUAGUGAUUAGUGCCGAAGAAAGGUUCUCUUUUCAAAUGUAAUAACUGGGGAAAACCCUUUCAGAUUUUUUGUGGCUUUACUGUCUUUCGGGUGGUCAGAGUUGCAGCUGACUUUUUGUGUCUGACUGUAUUAAUGAAAGGCUGGGUCUAAAAUCUGACGUAGCCUAGAUGUUUUCAGUCAGAGACAGUCGGUUGAAAGCCUGUCUACCUAGGGGAGCAAAACCUUGCUAAACCUGGAGAAAUUAACCUAAGGUUGAAGGGUAAUAAAACUUUAUGUGGAUGAAAUGUCUUCACUCUUUUUUUUUUUCUUUUUUUUUUCCUUAACACAUAAACACAUCUGUAUUUCUAAGAAAUCAUCUGGUCCAAUUCCUGUCUCUACGCAGAACCACCCAAAAUUCAAACUCUACCCAAGUGAGUUUCUUGUUAAUUAAAGGUUCUGAGAAUUCCAGCUGUUUGUGUGAUUGCCUGUGAGGAAGAUAGAAGACAUCUAAUGUUCUCUCCAGAAGAUAAUUGUGAUAUGAGAGCGAGUUCCUUUUUGUGUUUGUGAUUCUAAAAAAUGGGAAACAGUAUGAAAAAAAACAGACUAUGUAGAGCUUCCAUUUCUAAAUGUUCUGCAUCAAGUGUCCUAGAAUAUCCUUAACCAGCUGGCGUAUGUAUGAAAUAACUUUGGGAGGGGGAGAAAAAAUGUGGGCUGGAACAUAAUGAGAUAGCAAAAUAAUUAAACAAUUAAUGUUUUGUCCUGGCAGGAUACAAUUCAUACCUGUCAUUCUACUCUUCUGGCCUUAAAAUUUAUGAAACUUUGCUGCAUCAUUGAUACAGAAGGCAGGGAUUCUUUGUACCUCUGAAACUUUGGUAAUAAGCCUGUUAUUGUUAUUUUUGGUACUAGUAUUGUUUUGUUAUAUUGUUAUUUUGCCUAGCCAUAUGUAUGGUCAUGCAUGGUGAUGACUAUAUGAAAACUAAAAGCCUAAACUUCACAAGCGCUGAAGAGUGGUAUUGAUUUGUGUUAAAUCAGUUGUGCAAGUUCUGCAAUUACGUUGUUAUGGGUAAAAUCCUGACUUAAAAUGUCUAAACAGACCUAAUUUUAACUAAUAUGCACUCUUCAUAGUUUUUUGUUCACUGUUGCCUGAAACAGCACUAGCAUUGAGGAUUUUGGGACAAAAUCUAUAUUCAUCUGUGUCUUCUUCCAUAUUUGUUUCACAAAAUCUAGUUAGAUGUUUAUGUGCAUGUUCUCAGUUGUACUGACUGUCUUGGUUAGUUUAGGUGCUUGAAUAAAAUAAGUGUCCUGGUAUUGUAUGAAGGUGUUUAGGUUAAAAGCAAAAAGCUUUAGUAUGGGGUUCUUAGUUUUUAGGUUUUCAGAACCUGAUGCUUGUGAUGGUGUUAAGGAGUUGAGACACUAAAUGACAGAGUGGAGAUGGGCUCCAAUGGAAUCCAGAGCAGCCGGAGAACUGCCAUGAGUUUGCCCCAAGAAGAAAAGAAUUCUCUGAAGGCUCUUUGUCCUGUUUUUGUAUUGUUUUAAGAAAGUACCGAAACGUGAGUGCUCACCUAACAGUUGUCUUUGACAGGCAUGUUGUUAUUUGGAGUGCAGGUGGUAGGAAACACAAAAGAGAUGAUGGAAGAAAUACCUGAGAGCUGCUGUUUCUUACCGUGCAAGAUGCUACUAAUAAAAAGGAACUUACAACAGGAGCAGACUUCUGCAUCACAACUCUUACUGAGUUUUGAGUUGUGCUUUACUUGCAGUGGGAAUGGGAGGCUUUGUCCUUUGCAGAGGACAGAUGCUGCAAAAAGACAGGCAAGCAAGUACUGAGCUCAGAGAGAUCUGGAUUUCAGGCCUUGUUCCAGUGGCUGUUUACACAUUUUACGUAAACAAUCCUUGGAGUAUGGGCUGGAAGACAGAUAAAUUCCAAGAAAUGUCAUGUCAAGUACUUCAGAACUCGCUAAGCCAUGUACUUGAAGUUUUGUUGGAUGUGCAGUUGAAUUUCACCCUUUCUGGCAGAGUUUGCCUAUGGUUCUUUUGAGUCAAAGUCCCGAAGGUCUCUUAUGAGAUAAAAGCCACUGUGUUGCAGCCCUGCUGUUAUUCCAACAAAAAGGCUAUUGUUUUGUGGCCCUGGAAAUCAAGUCAGGAAACCACUAGGUCUAGCAUUUAGAACAUUUAGCCAAAGGGUAAUGGCUGUUAAGUAUGUACGUCACUAAUGCUAUAACAUGAUGAAGCAUACGCUUAAGCAUAGAAAUGGUUUUAGAACUGCAAGUUCUCUAUGCUCCAUCAGCAGAGGCAUGCGUACAGUAACCAUGUGAGACCUCCAAAUAUGGGAAUGUGCCUUCUGUCACUGUUAACAGCAGCAGUUCGUGUAAACAGCUGAAGGAACAGUGUUCUUCUGGAUUUGAAAGGUAUAUACAUUUACUCACAUGUCAAAAUUCUUUAACCACAUCUUUCAGAGGUCAGCAUAAAUUUGGAGAUACAAAAAGUACAAAUGACAUUUGAAAACGUUGAGAAUUAGUGAUUAAACUUUUUUUUUUAAUAAGCCAGCCUCGGGAUUAUUUGGAGUUGCCUCAUUCUUUCCAAACUCCACGUUGACAGAAUACAAAUGCAGAGGAGGGAAGAUACGUGGUGCCUUGGAGCAGUUAGUAAGGCUAUGAAAAGGGCAGUCUCAAGGAAAAUAAAGGGGCAGAGAACGGCAAGGGAGGAGCCAUUCAAUCGCAUGUGAAUUCCCAGUGACAGGUACUGUUCAAGGUCUGAACGCCUGGUUUAAGAAAAUGUUUUCUUCUGUAAGUGUUGAUUAAAAAAUAGUAUUUUUAAUGUUGUUGAUUUUGUUGUGUCAACAGCUACCUCUGCUGGCCCUGUUCCUUACUCACAUUUAAAGCUUUGAUGUUUUCUUCAUUUAACACAAGUAUACAGUAAGUCUUUUGUCAGUGCACCAAAUACAACAUCACAAUUGAACACUCAGUUGCUUACUGGAAAUUCUAAUGCUGGGAGCACUAAUAAUUGGAAACUUUCUUAUUCUGGGUUUGAACAAUAAAACUCUCCUGUAGUAUUUUCUUUUCAAUUACCUUUCCCUUGUUUCUUUGAAAGCCUGCCAUUCAUUUUUUCAUUUGGUACAGAAAUAAGGUUAGGAUAAAAACCUUUUUAAAAAAGGAAUAUUCUGUGAAGCCGGGGGG